CAUAUAUGUGGCAAUUAUUAACAUGUUCUGUCAUGAUAUUUUGACUUACGGAGACGUCACGACUGAGAUAGUUUAGCAUUAUUACAAUACACAGUCGGUAUUGAAAUUGUGUUUCCGAUACAUGUGCUAAUUAGAUAAAUCCUCAAUAUCUAUGUGAAAACAAGGGAUGUGUUUUGUAUGAUUGCAACACUGUGAGUUGCUCUAAUUACUGACAAAUGACUGAAACAAUAGGAAUUCGUACGAGAGAUGGAUAGACAAAACAACAGUGAGAAGAGUCGCGAUGGGAGUGAAGAGCUGAAAGAUAAACAAACAGCAGACAAUGUCGCUGAAAGUGUAGAUACCACCAAGGAGUGUCCAAUUCGUCGGGCAGCCGAAUACACGCGGAAUGGAGUACAUUAUGAAGCGGAGAAGAGUCGCGAUGGGAGUGAAGAGCUGAAAGAUAAACAAACAGCAGACAAUGUCGCUGAAAGUGUAGAUACCACCAAGGAGUGUCCAAUUCGUCGGGCAGCCGAAUACACGCGGAAUGGAGUACAUUAUGAAGCGGAGAAGAGUCGCGAUGGGAGUGAAGAGCUGAAAGAUAAACAAACAGCAGACAAUGUCGCUAAAAGUGUACAUACCACCAAGGAGUGUCCAAUUCGUCGGGCAGCCGAAUACACGCGGAAUGGAGUACAUUAUGAAGCGGAGAAGAGUCGCGAUGGGAGUGAAGAGCUGAAAGAUAAACAAACAGCAGACAAUGUCGCUGAAAGUGUAGAUACCACCAAGGAGUGUCCAAUUCGUCGGGCAGCCGAAUACACGCGGAAUGGAGUACAUUAUGAAGCGGAGAAGAAUCGCGAUGAGUGUGAAGAGCUGAAAGAUAAACAAACAGCAGACAAUGUCGCUGAAAGUGUAGAUACCACCAAGGAGUGUCCAGUUCGUCGGGCAGCCGAAUACACGCGGAAUGGAGUACAUUAUGAAGCGGAGGAGAGUAGUGAGUUGAAAGCUGCACAAAUAAGAGAAAAAUUAUCUAAAAGUGUUGAUACCAGCAAAGAGGAUCAGACAACCGACGACACGAAGAAUGAAGAAUACACCUUGAAUAUACUGGAGCAGCGUUUUAAAGAUGAUGUGCAGAACCAUUGGGAUAAGAUCGAGUUGUUGAGUCAGGCGUUGCAGAAGACCCUUAAUACUGGAGAUUCCUUGCUAAAGAAAGGGAGACCCGUAGGAAAUGAUCUCAACCAACUCAAAAGAAUAAGGGAAAUGUUCUGUUCAAAUGAUGCAUUCAGUCGAUGUGCGAAUACGUCAAAUAAAUGCGACUUUCCUGAUCCUAAAAUUUACAGUACGUCGUCCGGAAAACCUGACCAUUUUGGUAGCCCUAAGGAGAGUCGCGACGAGAGUACAGAGCUUAAAGAUACCGAAAAAGAGACUGCAAAUCAACUGAGACCUUCUGCAAGGGAGGAGAAUCUAAACGAGAGUAAGGAGCUUGAAGAUACAAGAAUAGCAAACAAUGCCACUGGAAGGGAUGAUACCGACAAAUGGACUGCAUUUCAAAGUGGAAUAGAUUUGCGAUGUGAUAAAAUAGAGCCUAGUGUGAACAGCAAUGUCAUGCAGACCUCAAGAGAAAAUUCAUCGCAGAGCGUAACAGAAUUGAUUGAAGACAUGUUUGGUACACAGUCUGGAGUACGUAAGGUUGUUCACUCUGGAUACAUUUGCAUUUACAACUUAGAAAAACGUCUUGGAAUAACUUACGAAUACCUUACGAAGGACAAUCUCUUAGGAGACGCGCACAGAAAGGGGUCUUUUAAAAGAGAUGAAGAUGUUGGGAUCUCUUGUCCUACAUGCAAAGAAUUUAGAACGAAUAAUUACCACAUAGGACAUUUAGCUGCUUCUGCAAAUUACAAAAAUAGCCAGGACCAAACAAAUGACACAUUUUAUUUGACAAACGCCGUGCCACAGAAAACGAAGGGUAGCACGUGGGAAAAGAUUGAAAUCUAUGCACGGGAUCUGUUGGAAAAACAUAAAAAUGAAAGUUUGUUGGUGAUUACUGGAUGGCUAAUGAUAGAAAAGCCUUCCGAAAAUGGCCAGGCUGCUAUAGUGACAUAUCAGAAGCAUAAUAAGUUAUCCGUACCAACCCAUUUAUUCAAGAUUUUGAUAACAGUAAAUGAGAAGAAACCAGACGGUAAAGCGGUGUUUAUUGUUCCAAACAAUCCGAAUGAAGAAAGCUGUUUUGACGACCGUGGUGCUCAUCAAAAGCUGGUGGAAAUUGAAAAUAUCCAUGGAUACAAAUUCGUGCCAAAGAUAGAUACGAGCACACUUCGUGAUUUAUCCAAUCAUUUCAAAAAUAAUGUUAUAUCUGAUAUUGACUUUAAAAUGCUUAUUUCUGAAAAGAAAGUUCGGGACGCAAAGUCUAUGGAGAGGCUUGAAAAAGUAAUGGCGUCAUUAAAUGGACUUGAACCAAGCGAAUCACUUAAGAAUCUGUAUCAAUCACGCAAACGAGACUUUCAAAAACAACUUUCCUGAUGUGAUAAAUCAAAAUUAUCUAUCUGAUUGAAUUACGGUUUGUAAUAAAAAUUGAGAAUAUCACUCUUAGAAAAUAAAGAUUAAAAACAGACAAUGUUAAAGCUGUUGUUCUUUACCUUUUUGUGAGAAAAAAAUAAGUUUGCACGGUGUUUGGUAUAAAAUGUAUGUCUUUUAUUGAUAAAUAACACGAGAAAUGAAAACAAGAAAUAAAGAUCACUGCUUAAA